CGGUGAGAUCUUAGUGUUUCUUUCGCCAACUGGUUCAUCUUCUUCACUCUGCGACGCGCUCUCAGUCUCACUCUCUCCAAUCCCAAAGAGAAACUUCGCCUAGAUCUAAUCGUAAUUAUUCAGGAUCUACUUGUUUGAUCUGUUUGAUCGUCGGAAACCCUAAUUUCGGCCUUCUUGUGGAGUCACUGAGCUUGCACACUCUCUGAAACCGGCUCUAAUUAGAAGCAAUUUCGAGUUUCAAGUCGAAGCUAUGAGUAACUGAGUGUUAAUCUUAGGAUCCACCGACAUCAGAUCUUUCUCUGAUUUCGUUCGAGAGAUGCCGAACGAUGAGGAAAACGGAACUUCAAUCGAAGCUCAGAUUGUUCCAGAAACCAGCCAAGAGACUUGGUCUAGCGUUUUGCUUCGUCAAGCUUCCGUCUAUGGUGUAGCUGCAGGGUAUUGCAUCUCAGCUUCUCUUCUCUCGAUCAUCAACAAAUGGGCAAUCAUGAAAUUCCCUUACCCUGGCGCAUUAACCGCUAUGCAGUACUUCACAAGUGCAGCUGGUGUUUUGUUCUGUGCUCAGCUGAAGCUAAUCGAGCAUGAUUCUCUGAAUCUCUUAACCAUGUGGCGGUUUCUUCCCGCAGCGAUGAUCUUCUACUUGUCUCUGUUCACUAACAGCGAGCUUCUCCUCCACGCCAAUGUCGACACUUUCAUCGUCUUUCGCUCUGCUGUUCCCAUUUUUGUUGCGAUUGGGGAAACGCUUUUCUUGCACCAGCCAUGGCCAUCUGUUAAAACGUGGGGAUCUCUCGCUACCAUAUUUGGUGGAAGUUUGCUCUAUGUUUUCACGGAUUACCAGUUCACAAUCGCUGCUUAUAGCUGGGCUCUCGCGUAUCUGGUGAGUAUGACCAUAGACUUUGUUUACAUCAAGCAUGUGGUUAUGACGAUUGGACUUAACACAUGGGGUCUUGUUCUCUACAAUAACCUCGAGGCUCUGCUUUUGUUUCCACUUGAGCUGCUUAUUAUGGGAGAGUUAAAGAAGAUUAAGCAUGAAAUCACUGAUGAGUCUGAUUGGUACUCGUUUCAAGUGCUUUUACCUGUCGGUUUAUCGUGUCUGUUCGGUUUGGCCAUCUCUUUCUUCGGGUUCUCUUGUCGCCGAGCCAUUUCUGCGACGGGAUUCACUGUUCUUGGGAUUGUGAACAAGCUAUUGACGGUUGUGAUCAAUUUGAUUGUAUGGGAUAAACAUUCGACGUUUGUUGGAACUUUGGGACUAUUGAUUUGUAUGUUUGGUGGAGUCAUGUAUCAGCAGUCUACCAUCAAGAAACCGAAUGCUGCGCAAGACGCUAAACCGCAAGAGCAGGACGAGGAACAAGAGAAACUUCUAGAGAUGCAGGAAAACAAGGAGAGUAACAGCAUCGACAUAAAAGAAGCUCCGAAAUCAGAAGAUAAACUAUGAUCAUAGUGAAGAUGGUAAACAGAUUCAUCUCAGUCGGUGGAAAGAUAGCUGGAGGGUAAAUUGCUAAGACGGUGAGUUUGUUCCCUACUGAUACGAUUUAUUUUUUUGAGUAAAGAACUAUAUUGUAGUCUAGUAGUGAUGCAAUUCUUUUGUAACUAGGAAGGUCAGAGUACGGCGUAUUCGUUGUUAGAUGAGACGAACCUGAUCCGGUAGUGAAAUAAUAUUGUUUUCUUGUUUACUUUGAUGUCAUUAAAGAUUUUUUAAAUUCACAACGUGAUGAUUGUU